AUGUACCAGGAUAUUUCCGCCUUUACUCCUGAGGAGAGCUUCAUGCGUUUCAAAGAAUUUAACUCCGAACGAAGACCUUCAGCGGAGUGGCUGGCAAAGAAGAAAAAGUUGAGAGAUGCAUGGCUCACAUCUCAACACAAGACGACGACGACGACGACAGCUCCACCCUCUGAUCGAUCCUCUACUAUUCUUUUCAUACUACUCGGAUUCCUCGCUUUGAUAACGCUCAUCGCGCUAGUGACUUGGGCUGUGAAACGAAGCGCUGUGAAACAGCGAAGGAAACGUGACCGCGAAGUCCAGGAACAUGAAGAACUACUCGAGCAGUCUAUUCGCUCGAGGUCUUUGCUGCUCGAAAUAGAAAAUUAA